CCGACCUUCUGAAUUUUUUUCCCCCCUCCGGUGUGACGUCGGCGGGUUACAUGAUUCCACGGUGGCUUCGUCUCCUAGCAAGCUAAAACGAGUGUGAUCAGCUGGAAUUAGUUGACCAGAAAAGAUUGAUCUGCGGUAUCCUGUUUCCUAUUUAUUUGACUGCUGACUUCCCUUUUUAUUAAGAUGCAAUUGGACUUUCACUUGAAGUUUGACAACAUGGACUGACAGACAUUGUUCUGAAUCAGUAGUGAAUCUAGCACAAUGAACACUGAGGAAACCUCACUGGAUCACCUGCAGUCCAGUGCAGAGGAAAACCUUAAGGUUCAGGAUGAAGUGUGUUACCCUGAUGAGAAUGAGAACAAAGUAGAUAGUGGAAAGGAUGAAACUUUUACUCAAAAAGAAGAAAUAACACUUGAAGGGAGAGACGCUCAGGAUAGUCUCAAUAAUAACGAAAAUUGUAAUCUAAUGUGUGGGCAACUCAGCUGCAAGAAAGGCUGUGAAGAUGGCAUUCACACAACUGGGGAAAGCCUAUCUACAGCUGCCCUUACAUGCAAGGAUGCCACCGGCACAAGUGGGAAACGAAUUAAUAACAAACGAUGCAACAGAAGUAAAAAGAAUUGUAACAGCACAGCAACAGGAUUUUCAUCAUCUGAUGUAGAGAUUUCACAAGAAAGCAAAUCCAUGGAACCUUCUCAUGAAUUAGACACUCAUAAUCCUAUUCCUGAAGAAAGCAAGGAAAGUCUGCUUAAAAAUACACUGAUCUCCAUUAUCCAAGAGGAAAAUGAGUGUACAGAGGAUGCUAAAAUGCUGCCAAUGUGCCUUCAUCAGAUUGCUGAGACUUACUUUCAGGAGGAAGACUAUGACAAGGCAAUGCAAUUCAUUCAGCUGGAAAGGAUCUAUCAUCAGCAGUUACUAGCAAAUCUGACUUCUAUUCAGGAGCAAUGGGAAGCAAAAUGGAAGAAGACUGAAUGUGCUACUCGGCAGUCGUCUGAAAAUUCUGAAAAAGGUCUUAGCAGCACAGAACUGGAAAAACUUUCCAAAUUGUGCAAAUUUCAUAAAGAGCCUAAAAUUUCAAAACACAAGCUAUCUCCAAUUGAAAAGUCUUUGAGAAUCCAAGGUCUUCUUCAGUUAAUGGGAUUGGAAGAGACCCAUGACAUAGACGAACUCACUUUGCAUUCAGACAGAACAAGUCGAACUGGCAAUACACCAAGCAAAGACAGGGCACCUGCAGUGACAACGAUGACAGAGAACUCACCUUCCAGUGUCAGAGCAGCCGACGAUAUUUCCAUAGAAGCGAGCCAUGAAGCUUUGCCCAGGCUGGGCCACAUGAAGGAGCAGCCGAUUUGCAGCUCGAGAGUAACAACAGAAGCUCACACCCAGUCCACAGGGACAGUAGGCAGGGCUAAUCCUAGCAUAUUUUCUGUUGGGGAUGCUGGUAAGAAUAACAAUCUCUUGCAACCAGAAGCAAUACCGCUUUGCAAGGAUGUGUUACGAUUAGAAACAGUCUCCAGGGAACCAGAGGAAGAGCACCCAGGGAAGCAUGAAUUAAUUUCAACCAGUGCAGAUUCUGCAGAUUGUAUUUCAGUAACCCACGAUGAUCUUUCUGGUAUGAGAAGUCAUUUGGAUUGUAACAAUACUGUUCAGCCUGAGCAAGUUACCAACAAUACAGAAGAACUUUGUACAGCAGAAGAUGAUGAUUUGUCUGUUAAAAGCAACUCUCUAGCUCCAGACAGCACAAAAGAGGAGGCACUGGAGUUCACUGAAUAUAUUGCAAAUCAGGAAAGCUCACCAGAGUCUGAGAGGGAAGCUCAGAGACGGGCAACUGUUGAAUUCAUAGCAAGUUUGCUGAAUGGAGACCUAAGAGACAGUGAAAAUUUUCUGUCUCAGCUUGAUUUUCAGGAGGAAGCCUUUUCUGAGGAAGAAAUGUCUCCAAGCCCAGGCGAGUCAAUCUUGGGGGAAAAUUUCAUUUCAUUGGAUGAACUUGCAAAGCGGAUACAGGUAGAGGAGUUCAGCCCUGCUGCUGGUUUGGUAUCGAUAUUAAAGAAACGCAGCGAAAUGGAGAGUAAAAAUUCAGCCCAAACACCCCAGAAACAGACAAAGAGGAAAGUACGUUUCCAAGAAACAGAGGAUACUCUUGACCAAGAAGAAAUUGGUGGAGGAUCUUGCAUUUUGCUGGUACUGCUCUGCAUCGCAACAGUUUUCCUUAGCAUUGGAGGGACUGCAUUAUACUGCACUUUUGGGGAUAUGGAGUCGUCUGUCUGUAAGGAUUUUACUGCCAACGUGGACUUAUACUACACACAGUUGCUGCAUGGAGUAGAAGCACUAAAACACUGGCUGUAUGUCACAUAGAUGACAAAAUAACACUUGGCUGGUAUUAUGGCAGCCUUUUAUUUUAUUAUUUUUCACUUGUAGGUUAAAUUCGAACUUAAAACUGAACAUUUCUGUCCUGUUACAAGACUUGCAAAGAGUAAAAUAAUCUAACUUAGGUGGUUUUUAAAUUGACAUUUAAUAGGUGUAAGAGUUUUCAGUGGGAGAAUUAUGGAAAAGCAUUGGUGUGGCACUGAAUCAUGGCGCAGCCUUGCAACUAACCACUGUUCCCUGCAACACAAGCAGACACUACUGCAAACAAGGAGGCAUUCAGCUUAUAUGCAAUAUGUCUGUGUAGUCACUCUAUUUAAUUUUAUUCUGCCCGUCUUUGGCCCUGAUUCCUUUAUGAGAAUUUGUGUGUUGUGUAACUUAAGUAUCAGCUGUCAGUUUGGGCUACUGUACAGUGUGCUGGUUUUACAUUUUAUGGUCAUUUUUGGUUUCUUUUAAUCACAAAUUUACAUUGCGUUUGCUUUUUUAAUUUGCAUGAUUGAAAUGACAGGAGCUUCCUGUGUGUAUUUUAUUUGCAAGGAUGAAAAGAUAUGUGCUGCAAUUCAAUUAUUUUAAACAUAUUCUGCUAAAGACUUCUAUAGUAACAUUAAAGAAAGCAAGGAAGGAAAGAUUUUCCACAGAGUUAAAACUCCACACCUGCUGGAAGAUGCCAAUAUUUAAUAUAUAUAUAUUAUAUGCCUUUUCUUCUUAGAACUGUUGCCCUUUCAGUUGCUUUUUGCAUUCAAAUUUGAAUUUGUAUGUGACAAACAUAGAGGAAACCGUGGAAGCUGUGCCGGUGAAUAGAGUCAUUAAAAUACUGUAGCUUUCUUGCUAUAGUACCUAUGGCUAUAUGUAAGUGUAGACAUGUCUUAAUAUAUUCAUGGACUUGAUAACAUUCAAAGGCACCAUUGGGAACUGGCAUCACUUUUUUUGAUAGACGCAAUCUUCUCUGGAGAGAGCAUUGAUAGAUGUUGAGGAAAUGUCUUGUCUGAUCUCUGUUCCCACUUACUUUGGUCUUGGGAGAAUAGUAUUGGCAUGGGGUUACUUCUUGUUCUGGGGCAUUUGGUUUAUGGUGUUUUUCCUGAAAAGAUGUCAUGAUUAAAAAUCCUUUGUGUGCCAUAGCUCUAAGAGCAGCUACACUGGAGGACUUCAAAUCAUAAUACCUGGAUUGAGAUGUGGCUGCUUCUUCACUGCUCCUACUUAGGGCUAAUGUACACAUUUUACAACCAUUACUUGCAGUAGCAAUGCAUCUGCUCCCUGUUGGAAUGAAUGGAAAGAGCUGCGUGUUGUCCUGCACUGACAAUUUAAACUAAAUAGUGGGCAUUUAUGGUGAAAGAUCACUUCCUGUUUGUUAGAAUAAGAAGUGAUAUAGGACAAUGUGCAUGAAAAGUCUGCUGAGGGUAACAGACACUUGGUCCAUGUUUUAACGAUUAAAUCAUUUAGGUGACACUAUUUCCUUGCGCGGAAGCCAGGCAUACCAUGUGAUCCUACAGCUGAAUAGUAAUACAUGGUAUUUCAUUUACAGGUUGAGAUUAUAGAAUAGUGUUGUGGUUGGUUGUAUGGGGCUUUAUAUCAAGUAAACACUUGCCUAAGUCUUUGAAGUGCUUGACUUGUGUUGAUGGCCAUGAGUACUGAGCAGCAAAAUAAACAUUUGUUUAAUGUUAGCCCUUGUAGUCAGAAUGCACCGUUGCUGCCCAAGCAGCUCUGCAAUGUUUGUAUGCUCUUUGCCGUAAGUUAAAGGUAUGAACUUGUUCAUAAAGCUCUAGCUGAAAAUCUAACACUACAUGUGUUUUCAUUCCAAAGAACAACCUAAAAACAGUGGGGCGAGUGUGCAGAAAGCUUCAUAAUUCAGGUGCCAUAAGUAUUUUUCAGCUUUUGUGGGGGUUUGUUGUCACAUACAUAAUCUCUUCAUGUACCUCAAAAUCAACUGACCCACUACAGAAAAGAAUAUCUACGAUUCUCCAUGAAAGCCAAGGCAUCCAUUGACAUUAGAAUAUUCUAGAUCUAGGCAUCUUUGAGAAACAAAUACAGAUGGCAGGUGUUUUAUCUCUGUGGCAAAAGUCUAAGGAGGUGAAAAAUGUGUGUUUUUUUUUUACUAUAAAAUCAAAAUUUUUAGUGGGGGGGGGGGAAAUCUCGAAUUUUUUAGGAUUUAUUAUAUCCCGAGGAUGGAUGGAUCUGAAUCCGAAAAUUCGGCAUCUCAGAAUUGCCGAGGUUGCAUAUAAGUCAAUGGGAGAAGUCCCGAAGAUAUCUUGAUCUGCGCUGGGUUUCGUGCAAUAAUCAGAAAAGCUUCUGGUUUUCUGGCAAAAAUCUGAAAAAAUCCGAGUUUUCUGCUGGGAAAUCCAAAACAUUUGUACGAUCUUAUUUUUUCCGUUUUUUUCCUGCACAGGAAGUUUUUGGGAAAAUGUAUUGAUUACUAAGGUGAAAAAACAAGUGCGGAUUUGGUUGAAGUCGUUUUCAGAAAAUAAUGAGAUAACUUCGGACUUUGAUAAGUGGGCCUCAAAAUAUUUGUCUGUGUUAGUGAUUAAAAUUUGCUUUCAUUUCACUGUAAAUUUCACUCAGCAAACCUCACUUCUUUAAGCCCAGGUGACUUCAAAGCCAGUUUAGGCAAUGUUUUUCUCAACUUCCUUGUACUGGCUGGCCCAGUAUAGUUAUUUUGUGUUACAGCUUAUUUAUGUUUGAUUAGUUCAAGGGAAUUUGCUUAUCAUGGUCUUAAUCUUUGAUGUUUUUAACUGCAGUGUCCUAUAUGUUUGCUUUGGUCUUUGUCUUUGCCCAAGAUUACUAUGUUAAAUGUAUGUGAGGUUUUUUUUAUAUAUAUAUAUAUUUUGAAAUUGCUUUAGAAAAACAUUGCCUUUGUAAAAAAAAAAAAUGAUGCGUUUAUAAUCAUUAAGAAGAGUUUUAACUGCAAUAUUUAUUGAGCUACUGCAUAGCAACAUUAAAAAAACUGUGAUAUAUA